GUGCCCGUCUGACUCCCUUUGGCCGGUUGUACUCCUUUGCCAGCUUUAAUUUUAAUGGCACCGUAGGAUCUGCUUGGAGAUUAUUACUCAACCUACCUUGGGGGCAAGUUUCGUCACCCUUGUACGACCAGAUUUCAUUUCGGCUACGUUUUCCGUCACACGCAUCCAUUUCCGUGAGUUGCGUCAUUUGUAUAAAAGCGUGUUUCAUAAGAGUGAGGUACAGAUUCGCGCUAACGAUGAGCUCGGAAAAACUCAGCGGGCAAAGGUGCUCCGGCUCCCGCAGGGAUCGUUCCCAGGUGUCGGUCGGUUCCCUCGUUGUGGUCUUAACCGUGGGACUUGCAACGGUCGUCUGCGUGGUGGUUAUUUUGGAGCUGAACAAAUCAAACUCGGAAUUGAACAAGGUAAACUCGGAACUGUACAAGGUAAACUCGGAGCUCACGUCUCUGAAAAUCGAUUUUGCCUCACUGAAGGCCAAACUGGAAGCGGAGAAGGGUGCAGGAAGUUUGGAAACAGCAUUUAGGGAGCGACUGGCCGUGGUCGAGACCAAGAUUCAAGAUGGCGUGUAUUUGUCAGGCUGGGAGGGGAAUCCGAAGCCAAACGUCCAGACUGACGUCGCCUCAUCGUCAGAAAAGAACGACACGGAAGGGAACAAUGCCCUGUCCGGAGCAAACCACCCUCGGUACAGGCAGAAGAGGUCGGCUAAUUCGUUGACCCUACCAGUCGGAGGCUGUGCACAAGGACCAUCCGGCAGAGACGGGCGAGACGGCAGAGACGGGCUGCCCGGCCGGGACGGCGCUCCGGGGGUUUCCGGAGAAACUGGUCCGGUAGGCCCUCCUGGGUUUCCGGGUCCUGCGGACAAUUCUAGCCUGGUAACCAUCAUGAAAUCAUGCUUAGACUAGUGACGAUUUGAAAACGUUCUAGUACUUUAAAAUGGCGCGGAUCUUGUUUUAUUAAAAGAAAUGCUUCUGUGAUAUUACAAUCACGUCACUAUUCCUAAUUGAACACACAC